CUUAUCAGCCAACGGAGAUACAUUCCAUUGGGCUGCUCCCUUUUUAGUCAAUUCUGGCUUAGUUCCACCUACAGUUCAGCCUGGCAGCCUCUGAAAGGAAAGUCACUCACUCAGCUUCAGUUUCCUCUGCUACUCACACAGGAAUCCAGCCUCCAAGUUCCUCUUCUUAACUGCUGGAAAUCUGGCUCUGCCUCCCAGGCUCUGCUCACAUCUCUCCCAGACUGACAGCCAUGGAUCCUGACCAGCAAACGGCACAUUCUCGUGCUGCCAAUUAGCAGGCAAGAGCCAUUAAACAGAAGCUCACAGGGUCCUGGCAGAAAGGUGCUCCGGCAUACAAGCUAUUGACAGAAUUUGCCCAAGAGGGGACAAUGUUUAAUUGGCACAAGUCCUUCUCUAUUGUGCCAUCCUGGAUAAGAGGGAAAAAGACAGCUGAAACUGGGGGAGAGGUGGUCCUGACACAAAUAAAGAAAAUAACUCAAGAAAGUGAUCCUGACCUGAUAGAAUCAUGUUGCCCAAAUGGAAACACCUUUCUCCAACUCCACAAAUCCUCUGAUCAGCAAAGUAAUUUGCCCAAUAAAGGAAACCAAUCUGGAACAGUCUAUGACAAUAAGCUCUCUCGGCUGGCAGUCUCGGAUUCAAUUUCCCGCUUGAAAAAGUUAUAUAAAUUUGAAUCCGAGGAUUCCGGUGUUGAGAUGCCAAGCGGUGCCAAUUCGCCAUCUACUCCUAAAGGGUCUGAAAAGAGCUUUGUGAUGCACAGGCGGGACUCUUCAUGUGAUUCUGGGGUACUCAGUGCAUCUUCAUCUCCCACUGUAGGUCAUCUGGAAAUAAAGCCACAUGCCCUCAAAGAAGAGAGCCACACAUUUCUCAAUGGAAUUGAACACUCUGAGGACUACAUUAGUAAUGUUACACAAAGUGGAGAGGAUCCUGAAACUACCAUGGAAGAUUUCAUAGAGUGCCAAGAAGAGGAAGAGGAUAUGGACUUGCCAUCCAGCAAUAGCCAAAACAAAUCUACAGAAGACGUCUCCAGUGAUAAACUUUCAUCUGCGAUGGGAGACGACAGCAAAUCCAUGAAUGAUUUUUACAAAGACACCUUUGAUGGGAUUGAUGAUAUGCAUAUGGACAACCAACUGAAAAGAUACCCAACAAGUGACAGUCUGGAUGAAUACAUGGACGAAUGUUGCAGACUCAGUGAGGUAAAUCAAGGAGCAUCAAAAGCUCUUGGCUCGGGCCUUGGAUACUUGGAACACAUCUGUCAGCUCAUAGAAAAAAUUGGGCAGCUCCAGGAACACAACCUCAAGCUGCAAAGGCAAGUCUUUGCCUUGCAAAAAGAGGACAGAAUGAAACAGAUGAAAGAGGAGUAUGUUGUACAGCACUGCUGCUGUGGAGCAGCCAAUGUUUUCCUCAGUUCCCACCAAGAGAUGAAGAAACAAGUUCCCUUGAGAAGGAACCGGCCACACAGUAUGUUUGUACAAAGUGGAAAUAACUCUGACCUUUUCAUGAUCCCAGAAACCGGUGUCAACUCAGAGAAGUUUGGCUACAAAGCAUCGAAUGUGCAGAUGAAUGAAAGCAGAAGCCCUUCGUUGCUCGGGUUUAGGAAGUCAGCCAACAAAGUGAAAUUUGACGAAAGAGAUUUUCAGAAAUUGUGGGACAAGACAUACUGUUAUGCUUUGCCAGAUCAGGAAACUAGAAAGUUUGAUCAUCCAUUCGGAAUUGUCAGGGAACUUCUGAAGAAAACAAAGACCAGAAAUAAGUUGGGAAUGUCGGCAUCUUUGAAAAGUUCAUGCCCUCAGCUCUACAGGCCUGAUCUUGUACAAUGCGAUUUGAAAAGAAAAGAAAGGAACUCAAUGAUUGUUCUUGGACCGAAUACAAAGAGGAGGGAAUCUAUGUGGUCUAGCAAUUUUCUCUUAAGCAGAAAAGAUGAUGAUAUGUGAAGGUGUGGAAGAGGAAGAAGAAGAAAAGCAAGAGGAUGUGGAGAAAAGACAAAAACAGGAUGCUAAGAAAAAUGGAAAACGUGUGGAAGCUGCUCUAUUAGAUGGAAAUGUAAAUAUUAUACACUAUAAAAUGAGCAAUGCAAGUGUACAAAGAUGUGUUGAUUUGGAAUUCCCAGGGCUAUUUAUUCUGCAAACUGAUUUUGACUUGGUAUUUAUUGCCUGUUUUGUUUUCAAUGUCAGGAUAUUUCAGUUCAAACAUGUAUAGUAAAUUUUCACAGUCUCCAACACUCCUGAAUGGAACAUUGGGACAGUUUAGGCUAUGCCACUGGUCUGUUUCAUUCAUGCGGUGCAUCUAAUGAUAGGAAAGAAUUACAUAUUAGUAUAUCUCCCUGAAAAACCUUCCUGCCGGCUAGAGUCAAAAUCACCGGGAAGGAUGGCACUCGGAGCGCUUUGAUUUCCAAAGUCGCCCGAA